GGGUGCACAAGAAUAAGUAAUCAGAUAGAAAGAAUCAUUAAAUUGUUUUGAUUGGUUAAAAUACUCAUUCAUCUUUUGGGGUAUUGGUUGCAGGAUUCUCUUGAGCUUCCAUUCAAGCUUCUUUCUAUUUGCACGGUUAUGUCAAACUAUUAGGCAAUAUUCGAGGGAACAAAUGGCUAGCAUUCAGGACAUUGGUUUUUCAGCAGCUAUUAAUCUUCUGUCUGCAUUUUCAUUUCUUAUUGCAUUUGCCAUAUUACGUCUUCAACCAUUCAAUGAUAGGGUGUACUUUCCAAAAUGGUAUCUCAAGGGAAUAAGAAGCAGCCCAACACAUUCUGGAACUUUUGUGAACAAAUUUGUCAACUUGGACUUCAGAACGUAUAUUAAGUUUUUGAAUUGGAUGCCAGAAGCACUGAAAAUGCCAGAACUAGAGCUUAUUGAUCAUGCUGGACUUGAUUCUGCUGUAUAUAUUAGGAUUUAUCUUCUUGGCUUGAAAAUAUUCAUCCCUCUAACCAUGCUUUCUUUUGCCGUCUUGGUGCCUGUAAAUUUGACUGAUGGAAAGUUAGAGAGAAGCAAGGGUAUAAUAUUCAGUGACAUUGACAAACUUUCAAUUUCCAAUGUUUCACCUGGAUCACAAAGGUUUUGGGCACAUAUGGUGAUGUUUUAUGUCUUUACAUUUUGGACAUGCUACACUCUCUAUAAAGAAUACCAGAUAGUAGCUUUUAUGAGGUUACAUUUUCUUGCAUCCGAACAACGUCGUCCAGAUCAGUUUACUGUCCUGGUGAGAAAUGUCCCUCCAGAUCCUGAUGAGUCGGUGAGCGAGCAUGUUGAACAUUUCUUUUGUGUAAAUCAUCCUGAUCAUUAUCUCACCCAUCAGGUUGUAUAUAAUGCAAACGAGCUAGAAAAAUUAGUGGCAGAAAAGAAGAACUUGCAAAACCGCCUUAACUACUACCAAAAUAAAUAUGACAGAAAUCCCACAAAAAAACCAGUGACAAAGACAGGUUUUUGGGGCCUUUGGGGUGAUAAAGUGGAUGCAAUUGACUUCUAUAAUACAAAGAUUGAAGAGGCGGCAAAAGAAGAAGCCAUAGAAAGGGAAAAGGUCAUAAGUGAUCCUAAGGCUAUAAUGCCUGCAGCAUUUGUCUCAUUCAGAACCCGAUGGGGGGCUGCUGUCUGUGCUCAAACCCAACAAACACGUAAUCCAACAAUUUGGUUGACAGAGUGGGCUCCUGAACCACGUGAUGUUUAUUGGACUAAUCUCGCAAUACCAUUUGUUGAACUCACUAUACGGAGAUUGAUUAUGGCUGUUGCACUUUUUUUUCUUACAUUCUUCUUUAUGAUCCCUAUUGCAUUUGUUCAAUCCCUAGCCAACAUUGAGGGGAUUGAGAGGGUUGCGCCUUUCUUAAAGAACAUAAUAGAAAAGAAAGUCGUCAAGUCUUUAAUUCAAGGUUUUCUUCCUGGAAUUGCUCUGAAGAUAUUCCUUAUUAUUCUCCCAACAAUACUGAUGACUAUGUCCAAGAUAGAAGGUUUCACAUCACUAUCAUCCCUGGAGUGGAGAUCAGCUGGAAAGUAUCACCUAUUCAUACUUGUCAACGUGUUUCUUGGGAGUAUAAUCACUGGUGCAGCAUUUGAACAGCUCAACAGCUUUAUCAAUCAGUCCGCAACUGAGAUCCCAAAAACAGUGGGAGUAACAAUCCCAAUGAAAGCAACAUUUUUUAUUACUUAUAUAAUGGUUGACGGUUGGUCUGGCAUUGCUGCGGAGAUAUUUAGAAUGGUUCCACUGAUUAUGUUCCACCUAAAGAAUGCAUUCUUAGUUAAGACAGAGCAGGACAGGGAGGAGGCUAUGGAUGCUGGGAGCAUAAAUUUUGCUUCAUCGGAACCUCGAAUACAGCUAUACUUCUUGCUGGGUCUUGUCUAUUCAGCAGUGACACCUAUCCUUCUACCUUUCAUUGUCGUCUUCUUUGGUCUAUCUUAUGUUGUUUUUCGUCAUCAGAUUAUCAAUGUGUAUGACCAAAAAUAUGAGAGUGCGGCAGCAUUCUGGCCAGAUGUGCAUCGGCGUAUAAUUAUUGGGAUGAUAAUAUCACAACUUCUAGUGAUGGGAUUGAUGAGCACGAAAGGUGCCAAGUAUUCAACACAAUUGCUCAUUGUCCUUCCUAUAUUGACCAUUUGGUUCCAUCUAUUCUGCAAAGGUCGUUUUGAAUCAGCAUUUAAGAAAUUCCCUUUACAGGAGGCAAUGGUGAAAGAUACAUUGGAGAGGGCUACUGAACCGAAUUUUAGUCCGAGAAGCUACCUGGAAGAUGCAUAUGUACACCCAGUGUUCAAAGGAAGUGAGUUUGAGAGACCUGCAGCCAUUGACGAAGAAGAGAACAACCCAUUGGUGGCAACGAAAAGAAAUUCUCGUAAAAGCACACCCGGUGACAGUAAACAUGGUUCCGAAAUCGGUUCUGAAGUCGGUACAUAAAAGACUGCAGAGACUGGUGGUGCUUAUAUUCCCAUGUUAUUUUUUCACGUUAAUAGUGUUGGCUUAAGUCGGACCAUUUUUAUUUUUAGUUUGGAAAAAGUACUACAAAUCAAAAGUCCCCAUCUACAAUUACAAA